AUGUCGUGCCCUCUGACUUUGUUUCGGAAGCACCUAAAGGAAGGAACUCCGAUGAAGGAGAUGAAUGUGGUAAGUUUGAUCCUAUCUCGGCUUGAAAUCGUUAUAUAAAUUGUUGUUUUAGCUUCAAAAAUUAAUGUUUGAAGGUAAUUUUACAAUUUUAGAACGGUGAUAAGUAUUAUGCGUUUGGAGAUACAGCUUUUCCGGCUGAUUGCCUUACAGCUUUGCAAAUGUUAGGUCAAGAGGAGUUCUACACCUUGGAAGAUGUGGUAUUUUGCUGGAGUAUGAUUGACAAAGAACAUAACUUCUAUGUCCGAGAAGCAACUGGGCGAAAGUUAAAGGCUGUCACAUUGAUUCAAAAGUAAGGUUUCAUUUUUGUGUAUUAAUUCUGGUUUUAGGCGUAAAUUGAACACUUAUCUGACGAGUGAUAUCAAUAGUGCUUUGGGUUUGGUCCCGAAUGCUCCGUAUGCCGCUUCUGUUCCAGUAUCUGAUCUUUUGAGCAAAGUGGAUGUGUCAGACGAGCCUGAGGCUAAACGGUUACGGUUGGAUGAAAGGUAGGGUAAUAUUUCUAAUAUGCAUGCAGUCUUUAGGUAACAAUUUCAUAAACGGAUAUUGAAAGAAUUCGUUGGUAUAUAAGAGAAUAUGUUUCUGUGUUGUAUUAAAAUGUGUUAAAAACGUUCUUUUAGCGAACAAAACACAACAUACGAAACCACUGUAAACUAUGAUACCUCAAUGGAAAUUGACAGUCAGCCGAGCCAAGAUGAAGGUAUACGAGCUUUGAAUGCUGACUUGGAUGCUGACAAGAUCACUCAACUUCGAAACAGAGUAAAGAAGAACUUGAAGAAAGCUCCCGUGAACUUGGCCGAAGAUGUAUAUGAUGAUCCUAUAGCAGAGUUUCCUUUCGACGAAGCUUCUGAAGACGAAGUUGGUUUGGCUUUGAAGGAACUGGAAACUCCUGGAUGCUCUAGAGUACAAUUAUACAACUGUGAAGGACUCGAUUUGGAGUCUGUAAUGGAGUAUAUUACGGAGGAAGUGGUACGUUGAGUUUUAAAACUAUACCUUUAUUGUGUUUUAUGCUUUGGUAUUCGUUUGUUAUCUUAUUAUUGUUGUAGACGAAGAAGAACCGUCCAAAUCCGAACAAUUCCUUUGUCAAACCUCAGAUGCCAAUGAAUGGUGCAUCACAGAAGAAGCCAACCACCGGUUACAGUAGGUACGACCAAGAAGUCUUCCGACCUGAGCUGGAUACGGAUUUGGACAUUGACAUGGACUUGUCGUUUAGAGGUAAAUUAUGAUUUUCUUGUGAAAAGGUUGCAGUUUAAUUGUGAGUUACAUCAUUCUUAAGAAUUAUAAGUAUUUCUUUUGUCCUACUGAAAUUACUUGUUUUAGGUAACACAAAGAAGGCUUUGAUGAAACAGCCAUUACUAAGUCAACCUCCAAAACCACCACAACGACUUGACUUUGGUCCUGCAAACGCUUUGAAUCCUAAUGGCAGACCUCCUAAACGUCAAUCUAAGACACCAAUCAUAAUUAUCCCGGCUUCUGGUACAGCUCUUAUAACAAUGUAUAACGCCGAAGACAUAAUUCAGGUAAUUUUUUGAUUUUUUUGAGUUGUUGAACGAUUGACAAAUAUUUUUUAUACAGUAUAUUAUGAUUAUUGUGCGGAUGUUAAACGUAUUUCUUGCAGGAAAUGAAGUUUGUGUCGUCAGAGGAGCGAAAGAAACAGAAGACACGGAGAGAGAACGAAGUUCUGAUUCAUCGACGGAAAGAGAACGGGACUACCGUGCCUUUCAGAAUCAUAGAAGACCCCAAGAAACUGCGAGAUGAAGAAUGGGAUCGUGUAGUAGCUGUCUUCGUUCAAGGCCCAGCUUGGCAAUUCAAGGGAUGGAGGUUCGGAUCGGUCGAUAAAUCCUUCACUCCGACCGAGAUCUUUGCCAGAAUCUGUGCUUUCCAUCUGAAGUUUGACGAACAGCCUUUGGACAAGAACGUGGCACAGUGGUCGGUGAAUGUUCUCUCAUUGUCUCAGACCAAACGACAUCUUGAUAGAGCGGUGUUGAACAAGUUCUGGACAACGUUAGACCGGUACCUAGUGAAGAACAAGCCUCAUCUUCGGUUUUGA